AGAAGAGACUAGAGAAGCAAUGGAGAGCCAAAACCAUCCCUCACAAACAUCACAGCAACCAGCUGCGGCCAACGGAACCACCUUCCUUAGAACCUGUUUCAAUGGAAUCAAUGCAUUAUCAGGUGUGGGGAUACUGUCAAUUCCAUUUGCACUUAGUCAAGGAGGGUGGCUGAGCUUGGUGCUUCUCUUUUUGGUGGCAAUUCUCUGUUGUUACACAGGAGUACUUCUUCGACGUUGUAUGGAUAAGGAUCCCCUCAUCAAAACAUAUCCCGACAUAGGCGAGCAAGCCUUUGGACACAAAGGAAGGGCUCUAGUAUCCGUCUUCAUGUAUCUUGAGCUAUAUUUAGUAGCUGUGGAGUUCUUGAUACUAGAAGGUGACAAUCUAUCUAAGUUGUUUCCAAACAAGGAUUUCAGAAUUUCCGGCGUGAAAAUUGGAGGAAAGCAAGGGUUUGUUAUGCUUACUUCUCUUAUAAUCUUGCCUACAACGUGGCUAAAAAGUUUGGGUGUGCUGGCCUAUGUUUCUGUUGGUGGAGUUUUGGCUUCCAUCAUCGUUGUUGCUUGUGUUUUCUGGGCUGGGGCAGUUGAUGGUGUGGGGUUUCACGAAGGAGAUACGCUUUUCAAUUUAGGAGGAAUACCUACGGCCAUUAGCUUAUUCACCUUCUGCUAUUGUGGUCAUGCAGUGUUUCCCACACUCUGCAAUUCCAUGAAAGAUAGAAGCCAAUUCUCUAAAGUUUUACUUGUCUGCUUUAUCACUAGCACCAUCACUUACGGAUCAAUGGCCAUUCUAGGAUAUCUUAUGUAUGGAGAGUUUCUUAAGUCUCAAGUGACCUUAAACCUACCCAUCAGAAGAAUUAGCACAAAAAUAGCAAUAUAUACGACACUAAUCAAUCCCCUAACAAAGUAUGCAAUCAUAAUCACUCCAAUUGCUACCGCUAUUGAGGAUACAUUUCCUUUCCAUAAUAGCAGAUAUCUCAGUAUCCUAAUCAGAACAAUCCUUGUGAUCAGCACUGUGAUUGUAGCGUUAGUCAUUCCUUUUUUCGGCUAUGUAAUGGCCUUUACCGGUGCUUUUUUGGGUGUCACGGUCUCAAUGUUGUUACCCUGCCUAUGCUAUCUUCGGUUAAACAAGGCCGCUCGACGUCCUGGGUUUGAGUUAGUAGUUAUUUUGGGGAUAAUCAUUGUUGGGUGUUUUGUAGGUGUGGUGGGAACUUACGAUUCUGUAAAGCACAUAGUGAACCAUCUCUCCAAGUAAAAUGGCUGCUAAUUGUGCUUAUUGAACAAUAAGAUCAGUACAUAAGCUAGUGAAAAUCUCA